AUGGUGCAGGAGCCGAGCAGCAGCAGCAACCACCACCUGCAGCAGCAGCUGGCCAAGUACGGCGGCGGGAACGGCAACGGCAACGGCAACGGCGCGGCCACCGGCGUGGCGCGGGCGUCGAGGAAGAACAAGCCCAAGAAGAUCCCGCAGCGCGGCCUCGGCGUGGCGCAGCUCGAGAAGCUCCGCAUCGAGGAGCAGAAGAAGAUGGGGGGAGGGCCGUCCGCGGCCACGCCGUCGUCGCACGCGCUCAACGGCGGCGCCCUCUGCCACCUCCCCGCGCCCACGCUGCACCAUCACCCGCCGCCGCCGCCGCCGCCGCUGAGCGCCCUCUCGAGGCCGGCCGCCGCGGACCACUGCGGCUUCCCGCCGGCGCUCUGGAGCCCGGCGGAUCCGGCGAAGCACCCGUACAAGAGAAACCUCUGCCCGCAACCUCCACUCCCAAUGGUGAGCACGGGCCUGUCCCUGACGGCGCCGUCGAGCCACCCACCGGAGCCCCCUUCAAACCAAAUGUACAGCACCAGGAGGAGGAGCAGCGCGGCGGCGCCGGCGCCGACGGAGGACGAGAGGGAAACGGCCGGCGUGGAUAGGUCCUGGCCCUUCAUGUUCGAGGGGAUGACCCCAUUCACGACGACGAGCAAAGCCUUCCCCCCUCCUCCGUUGCCGCCGUUCGCCGUCAGGACGGCGAGCGAUUCCGGGCUGGCCGAUGUUACUCCUGACCUGAGCAGAUACGAGUUCAGAGCGACCAAUUAUUUCAGCAGUGCAAGUGCGUACCCAAGUUGUUCAGACUGGACGCCAGAGUUCGGUCACUGCAAGGACACCGGCCGAAGCAGAGACGCUGGCUUGCUCACCCUGAGCUCGCGGCCUCCACAACUCAUGAGGCAGCCUCAUGUGGUGCCAUCAAUGCACAUCCCGGAGUACGGCGACUUCAGUGCCAGCGCCAUGCCAUCCCAGGCAAGUGAAACGCCAUGCCCUUCUGAACUCGGGAGCGUUUCCGCUUCGCCGUCAUCGUCGGCCCUGCCAUUCUACAACUUCCUCCCGAUCGGCCCGGUCGACCGUGAGAGGGCCCCGAGCGAGCGGAAGGCCGACGUGUCGGAUGGGGAAAUCGACUUGGAGCUCAAGCUGUGGAAGGGCUGA